AUGGAAGGUGUGAAGUAUUGUGUUAUGAUUGACGAAUCAACUGAUGUUGCCUGCAUUAAAUGUUUGUGUAUUGAAGUCCGCUAUUUUAGUAAGAAAGAACCGAACAUAACUACCUCUUUACUUGGCUUGAUACCAGUUACCCAUGCAACUGGAGAAGCUUUAUUUCAAGCAACAAAAGAUUGUCUUGAAGCUUCAAAGCUAAAAUUAACUGACUUUGUUGGAUUUGCCAGUGACGGAGCAUCAGCCAUGGUGGAGGAGCAUGACUCAGUUUGGUCUCGCAUGAAGAUAGCUGCACCUAAUUGCAUCCUGAUGAAGUGCAUUUGUCAUUCACUAGCACUUUGUAUCAAGCAUGCCUUUGAGCAAAUGCCAUCACAUUUAGGGUUUAUGCUUAGCGAAAUCCCUAAAUGGUUUUCCAAAAGUAUUUUGAGACGUGAAGCAUACAGCAAGUUGUUUGAAAUGAUCAACGAAAAUUCAGAAAGUGCAAGCAUGCCCCGCCCAUUCCAAAAGAUGUCACAAACACUGAGGGAAAGUUCUGUAUAA